UUUUGCCCACCAGCCUCCAUGUUCAACUCCGUGAACCCACCAGUUAGCAACUAUGUGGAGCACUGUUACCUUCGGCCUCUUCACGGGCAGGGGCAACCCAGCUCCAUGGCAGAAGGGAUCAGUGACUUGCCAUUUUACCACCAGGCCAACUCCAUGGGGAAUCACCACGCCUAUGGGAUGAUGCCUGCAGGGGGACAUUCUUCUCAUACUGAGGGUACUCGUUUCUCUACACCCCGGAGCACAGCCAAGCUGACAAAGAAGCGGGCCCUGUCCAUCUCUCCGCUCUCAGAUGCCAGCAUUGACCUCCAGACGGUCAUCCGCACCUCUCCCAAUUCCUUAGUUGCUUACAUCAACUCACGCUGUGCCUCGGCCGGGGGUUCCUACGGGCACCUCUCCAUCGGAACUGUCAGUCCUUCACUUGGGUUCCAGAGCCCCAUGGGCCACCAGAAAGCUCAGGGGAUGUCGUUUGGCCACAACCCACCGAUGGUCCCCUGUGGGUCUCAUGAACACAUGCCCAAUCGACCAGCAAUGAUGCACCAUCAUAUGCCGCCCCCCUGUGGGAUGCUGAAACACUGCCAGCUGAAGUCAGAGCCCAGCCUGGGCAGCCCUCUGGAUGCCCUAAGCACCAAGUGCCUGGAGGAGUGCUCGGAGGGUGACAUUUCCAGCCCGGCCUCUACGGGGACGCAGGAUCCCUUACUGGGCAUGCUGGAUCCCAGGGACGAAUUAGAGAAGGAAGAUGGCAAGGUGGAGGCUGAGGCUGUGUAUGAGACCAAUUGCCACUGGGAAGGGUGCUCCAAAGAGUUUGACACACAGGAGCAGCUGGUGCACCACAUUAACAACGAGCACAUCCAUGGGGAGAAGAAGGAGUUUGUGUGCCACUGGCACGACUGUUCGCGGGAGCAGCGACCCUUCAAAGCUCAGUACAUGCUGGUCGUCCACAUGAGGCGUCACACGGGAGAAAAGCCCCACAAGUGUACGUUUGAAGGCUGCAAUAAGGCCUACUCACGGCUGGAAAACCUCAAGACCCACUUGCGCUCCCACACAGGGGAGAAGCCCUAUGUCUGCGAGCAUGAGGGCUGCAACAAGGCAUUCUCCAAUGCCUCGGAUCGGGCCAAGCACCAGAACCGGACACAUUCCAACGAGAAACCAUAUGUCUGCAAGAUCCCGGGCUGCACUAAGCGCUACACAGAUCCCAGUUCGCUACGUAAGCACGUCAAGACAGUGCACGGACCAGAUGCACAUGUGACCAAGAAGCACCGUGGAGACACAGUGCCUACCAGUCGGAUGCUAGCCCUCCAUGGGGACAUGAAACAAGAGAGGGACAGUGACGGCAGGAAGGAAGAGGGCAAGCUCACGGUGCCCGACUCUAACUUGAAACCGCAGCCCAGCCCUGGAGGUCAGUCGUCCUGCAGCAGCGAACGGUCCCCCUUGGGCAGCACGAACAACAACGACAGCGGUGUGGAGAUGAAUGCCAACGCAGGAGGCAGCUUGGAGGACUUGUCAGUGCUGGAGGAGCCAUCGGAGCCCAUGGGCAACUCCGGGAUGUCGGCACUGCACAAGCUGGAGAAUCUGCGCAUUGACAAACUCAAGCAGCUGCGCAAGCCCCUGUCAGUGAAAGGUGUCAAACUUCCUUCCAUCACUGGAACAGGCCCUGCAAGGGAGGUGCCUGGCCUGUGUGGGCUGCCCUCGGCUGUCUCUCACCGGCGCAUCAUGGAGCUGUCGUCUGGGGAUUUGCCCUCCCUCCCCUUGGCAGGCGAGCGCCGUGGCAGCACCACCAGCACCAUCAGCUCCGCCUAUACAGUCAGCCGCCGCUCCUCCAUGGUAUCGCCAUACCUGCCGGCAGGGGGAGCCUCCAAUGGGCUCGGCCCGCCUGACAUGUACGACCCCAUCUCCCCAGAUGCCUCCCGGCGUUCCAGCGAAGCCAGUCCCUGCGGAGGUCUUCCAGGGCUGGGUAACCUGACCCCAGCGCAGCAGUACCGGCUCAAGGCCAAGUAUGCGGCUGCAACGGGCGGGCCUCCUCCAACCCCUCUUCCCAGCAUGGAGAGGGCAGCACAGGACAGCCUCAUGUGGGAUUACCCGGGCACGGGCCUGCCGCCGUUCAUGCGUAGGCAUAGCACCAACGAGUACCACAGCUACACCACCGGCAUCCUCCACCCCCACCAGGCACCCAGUCACAGUGCCCGGCGAGCCAGUGACCCCUCCCAGUCUGUGGGCAAGCCCCAUCCCGCUCCCAGAGUGCAGCGGUUCAAAAGUCUUAGCAAUGUGAGCCCAGCAGGGAUGGGCAGAACCAGCACCCAAGGAGCGGGGGCCUCUGAUGCCAACCUGCAGCGCCACCUUUUCUCCCCACGGCCUCCAAGCAUCAGUGAAAAUGUCUUCUUAGAGGCUGCAGCCAUGGAGAGUGCCAUCCCGGCUGGAGAACAGGAGCUGCUGGAGAUGGACCCUUACCUUGGCUACCCGGAGCGGAGCUACCUGUUCCAAACAGCAGGCAUGGAGCUGCAGGGCAGUGGGGCCCACCGAGGCAUGCUCAGGGCAGUGGGCGACUUGCAGAUGAGUCCAGCCAGCCAUGAGCCGCUGGAGGGUGGCUUUGAGCAGGCGGAGUAUAUUCCCUCCCAGUGCCAGAUGAGUGGGCCUUUCCAUGCAGCACGGCCCUGGGACAGCGACAGCUCAGGGAUGAACCCUGUGCCACCCAGUGGCCUGGGGCAGUGCCCCUCUGCCCAGUACGCAGUCCCUGACACCAAGCACCUGGGAGUGGAACCUGGUCGUGCAGGCCAGCAGGGGACGUUCCCAUUCGGGCAGCCCCACAUCAAAGCCGAGCAGCAAUUCCAGACAGCUGCUCCAACUCUUGCCUCCUGCCAGGGCAUGAAGCAGCUGGCAUACUGCCAGGCUCAGCCGGUCUGUGGAAGUGAUGGGUACCAGCCUGAGAGCCAGCAGGGCCCUUGCUUUGGUGGUGGGCAGCCCGCCGGCAGGCGAUCCCAGACCCCAAUGCUGCAGGUCAAGGAGAUGAUGGUGCGGAGCUACGUGCAGUCGCAGCAAGCACUGAUUUGGGGGGAGCAGCCAGAUGGCAACGUCAUAGAUGGCAUGGAGAGCGGGCAGUGCCAGCAGCACCCACCUUACCCUGGACCCAGGUACCCCAACUACCCAGCCAGAUCCCCGCAAGAGAUGGAGAACAAGGCACUUUCAAGCCCUGGCAGCCAGUGUUACAACCCAGGGAUGGUCCCCCAUCCACCUGGCGGGCCAAAGCCACUGAGUCGACAAAGCAGCUUGGGCUACCAGGUUAGUCCCUCAUAUGAAUCCCCCAACAACGGUGGGCCCCACCGGAUGAUGCGCUUACCCCCUCUCCAGAGACCUGAGGAGGCCGGUUUUCCCAGCCCCAUGCACAUGCAGCUCAGCAAAGCCCCUGGGCAGAAGUUGAUGGAUGUUCACCAAAGGCACCAUCAGCCACCUAGCUGUGUGGCUGAGGAUCCAGGUGGGCCCUGUGUCCCUGGGCUGAAUGUCCUCAAAUCAGACUCCUUCUCUUAUCUGCCAGAAGAGCAGGUGUCCAACAGCCUGGACACUCUGGACCUAGAGAAUACCCACUUGGACUUCACAGCCAUUCUAGAUGAUGCAGAAGCCCUCAGCCCCACCUCCCCAGCUGGUGGCCCUGCCAAUAUGGCAGUGGGGGAUAUGAGCUCCAUGCUGAACUCUCUUGCAGGGGAGAACCAGUUCCUUAACACUCUCUCCUAG